UUGAGUGCAUAAAUGUAAGUUGCCAAAACUUAAGGGACCAAUCUACAAACAAAAUAAAACAAAAAAACCCGGUUUACGAAGACCCGCCUCUUAUCUUGUACACAGUGGAGCAUAACCCACCAUACAUGGCGUCCUCUGUACCAUCCUUAAACUUCACCUUUCCACCACUAACAUCAUCAACCACAAACAGUACACGAAUUUCAGUGCGAUGCGGUCCACGAAGCAACCGUGGACCUCUACUCAAAGGCCGUAUACUAAGCAUCGAAGCAAUCCAAGCAAUUCAAGCUCUUAAACGAACUCAAAGAAUGGACCCUACCCAAAUCCAACCUCAUAUCUCUAAAACCCUAAAUCGCCUCAUCAAAGCAGAUCUCAUUGCCGCUUUCAAAGAGCUUCUACGGCAAGACCUUUGCGAAUUAGCCCUCAAAGUAUUCCCAGCCGUUCAAUUAGAAUGCGACGUACCUGAUUUAGGGCUUUAUGCUGAUAUGAUACUAGCUUUGACCCGAACCGGAUUGGAUGAAAACAUUGAUGAAUUGAUUGACGAUUUGGAGAAAGUGGGGGAGAUACGAUGUGAUGAUAAGGAGCUGGUGAGGUUAGUGAGGGCGUUGGUUGAAGGUGAACAGGUGGAAUCAACUGUUAGGGUUUAUGAAUUGAUGAAGAAGAGUGGAUGGGGUACUACAUAUGGCAUUGAUGAAUAUGUAGCUAAGGUUUUAAGGAGGGGGUUUAAGAGAUUUGGGAAAGAGCAAAUGGCCGAUGAAGUUGAUCAACAAUUACAGAGAUCGUCUCAAUUAAUUCUGGGGAAACAUUAAAUUCAGAAAUUGUUGCAUUUGUUCAUUGUAGAAUUAGUUAGUCAUGGUUCAAAUAAAAAAUGUAUCACCGUGUAUGUAGCGAAAAUAUAAUGCAUCGGAUUGUCUUUUUUAAGUAUA